AUGUCACGAAAGCGUCGAAACACGUCGUCGCCGGAAGCGUCGCCCGAGCCGCCUGCGAAACGACAGGCUGCGAACGUCGCACACGAGUUCGCGCGAGAGUAUGACUCCGACGAUGCAGACCCAGAUGAGAAGCCGUACAUCAACCAAGAGUCUGGACAGACGGGCGCGUUUCCUGGGCUUGGUGAUGAAGAGGACGAAGGUUUCUAUGGGCCGGCGAAUGAUGGAAUUGAUUAUUUGAGGAUGAAGCGUAGAUCCGAAGCGCGUAGCGUGCCAUCUCUUCUCACCUCUGCGCAGAAUGAUGGCUCGACCGAUCAGAAGAAACCUCAAGCGGAGUCUAGCUCAGAAGUUGGCUCGGCGAAAGACGGCCACCGUCAUGGAAACUUGGGCUACUACGAAGAUGGCGCAUACUCUGCCGCACCCGAUACAAGUGCGGAAACGACGAAUGAUGCACCGCUCAGCCCAUCUCAGACCAGAUCCUACGAGGUCAUGCUAGCGCAGUUCCGCCAAGUACAGGCCACUCUACGAUGCCAGCCGCCAUUCGAGAAGAUACAGGCCUUGGGAGAAGAUCAGCCGAUAUCCUUCCCGUCUGGCAAUGCCAAUGCGGAGGAGCUAUGGCAAGAGAUGUUGACAGCCUUCGAGCCGAACAUAGUGCAGAUAGCCUGCAUGAAUGAAGAGAGCGUGGCCAACCUCCUCCGCCUUAUAAAACGCGAGUUUGAAUGGCAGAUCAACCGGGAAGGCAGUGUCCGAUAUGGCCUCGGUACAUGGCUGUGGGCUUGUCUUGCCAAGAUGCCGGACUUGGGCACACUCGACAGUGACGAGGUUGCGGAGUUGCGCGAGCUGGGCAAAAUUGCUGCAACGGCGGUUGAAGAGCUGUACAUCGGAGAGCCGGACAGGGACGAUAAGGAGGUCGCUCAGGAGCACGCGGAGUAUAUGGAAAACGACGCGGACAGUCUGAUCGGCCAUGCAAAAGACAAUCGCAUCAUUCUCGACAUGGUCAUCACGGUUGUGGGUGAAGUUUACGGACAGCGGGAUUUGUUGCCGAAGAGGGUCACAUGGAAAUGGAAGUCGCCGGAAGUUGUGAGAGAGCUGGGUGAUUAG